UCCUCAAUCGACGGAAUCACAGAGUGAAAAACCAGAGAAGAAACAAGAGUAAAGUUUCACCGGGACGUGGAGGGAAACGGACCCAGCUUUGAUCCUGCUGAGAACAGGUUGUGCUGGUAGUCGUCACCAUGGCUCCUUUUUUGAGGAUUGCCUUUAAUUCGUUUGACUUGGGUAUCCUGUCUCCCACGGCUGAUGCGCCCUUCUGUGCCAUCAAGAUGAAGGAAGCUUUGACAACUGAACGGGGUAAGACCCUGGUUCAGAGAAAACCCACCAUGUACCCUGCCUGGAAGGCCAGCUUUGAUGCACACAUAUACGAGGGCCGUGUGCUAGAGAUAUUGUUGAUGAAGACAGCAGAGGAACCUUUGGCUGAGGUCACCGUAGGCGUGUCUGUACUUGCUGAGCGAUGCAAAAAAGCCAAUGGACGUGCUGAAUUCUGGGUGGAUCUCCAUCCUUCUGGGAAAGUGAUGAUGGCAGUGCAGUAUUUCCUGGAGGACGCGGAUACAGAGAGUAAGCAGGCUGCGAAAGAGGAAGAGGCCCCUACCCUGAACCGUAGACGAGGAGCCAUCAAACAGGCCAAGAUCCACUUCAUAAAGAACCACGAGUUCAUCGCAACAUUCUUCCGACAGCCCACUUUCUGCUCUGUGUGCAGAGAAUUUGUCUGGGGACUCAACAAGCAAGGCUAUAAAUGCAGACAAUGCAAUGCGGCAAUCCAUAAGAAAUGCAUAGACAAAAUCAUUGGCAGAUGUACCGGUACUGCUGCCAACAGUCGUGAUACUGUGUUCCAGAAGGAGCGGUUUAAAAUUGACAUGCCACAUCGUUUCAAGAUCCACAACUACAUGAGUCCAACCUUUUGCGACCACUGUGGAAGCCUCCUGUGGGGUCUGGUCAAACAAGGCCUCAAGUGUGAAGAUUGUGGCAUGAAUGUCCAUCACAAGUGUCAAGAUAAAGUAGCCAACCUCUGUGGUAUCAACCAGAAACUACUAGCUGAAGCUCUAACGCAAGUCAGUCAGAAAUCAUCCACUCGCCGCUCAGAUCCAAACCUGCCAAAUCUGCCUGAAAUUGGAAUAUAUGAUGAAGUAAACAAGCUUGCUGGGCUUGAUAUCAAUGACGGGUCACACUAUGGCAGACUUUGGGAUGGAUCCAGCCCACGGCCACAGUCUCGCCUUACCCAUUUGACCCGCAUCAAUGUGGACAACUUUAUCUUCCAUAAAGUGUUAGGAAAAGGCAGCUUUGGCAAGGUUCUCCUCGCAGAGCUGAAGGGGCGUGGAGAGUAUUUUGCAGUAAAGGCUCUGAAGAAGGAUGUUGUUCUCAUGGAUGAUGAUGUGGAGUGCACAAUGGUAGAGAAGAGAGUCUUGGCUUUAGCCUGGGAAAACCCCUUUCUCACACACCUUUACUCCACCUUUCAGACAAAGGAGCAUCUGUUCUUUGUGAUGGAAUAUCUGAAUGGAGGCGACCUGAUGUUUCACAUUCAGGAGAAAGGACGCUUUGAACUUUUCAGAUCCACGUUCUACUCAGCUGAGAUCAUAUGUGGCCUUCAGUUCUUGCACUCCAAAGGGAUCAUCUACAGAGAUCUGAAGUUAGACAAUGUGAUGCUGGAUCAUGAGGGGCACAUAAAGAUUGCUGACUUUGGUAUGUGCAAGGAGAAGGUUUUUGGAGAAAAUCGCGCCACAACUUUUUGUGGCACUCCUGACUACAUCGCUCCAGAGAUCCUCCUGGGACAGAAAUACUCAUUCUCAGUUGACUGGUGGUCAUUUGGGGUGUUGCUCUACGAGAUGCUGAUUGGCCAGUCGCCUUUUCAUGGAGAUGACGAGGAUGAGUUGUUUGAGUCCAUCCGCAUGGACACUCCCCACUAUCCCCGAUGGAUCAACAAGGAUGCCAAAGAUCUCAUGGAGAAGUUGUUUGAGAGAGACCCGACCCGCAGGCUAGGAAUUGUGGGGAAUGUCCGGUUACACUCCUUCUUUCAGUCUAUUAACUGGCAAGCCUUGGAGAGGAGAGAGCUGGAACCCCCCUUCAAACCCAAAGUGAAAGCACCGAAUGACUGCAGUAACUUUGAUCGGGAGUUCCUCAGUGAGAAGCCGCGGCUCUCCUACAGCGACAAGAACUUCAUAGAUUCCAUGGACCAGUCUGCAUUUGCUGGUUUUUCCUUCAUAAACCCCAAGAUGGAGCACCUACUAGAAAAAUGAUUGUUGCAAUAUCAGCCUGACUCACAAGACCCCCUGGCUAUUUCUUUAGUCAGUAUUCGUGUAACUAUUUUUAAGCGUGAGCAUUUUUCCUUGGUUACGUAUAGAAUAAGCCCUUGCACUGUCUAUAUUGAUGUUAUUAUGUUUGUGUGCAUGCUUAUUAUUUGUUGAGGCUGUGAAACCGUUGAGUAAUCGUAUGGUGGGAGGUUGAAGAUCCCAACAUUAUACGUAACAUCACUGCUACCAUCUGUAACCAUGUUGUGUUCCUUCUACAUGCAGCUCAAGCCAGCUAGGGAUAGAAAGUUACGAAAGGGAAAAUGCUCCGUAAACACUGAAUUGUGUACUUUAGAUAUAGAAUCAUCGUGUAAAUUACGUGACUGCAUGUAUAACAAUAAAAAAAAUAAAUAACUGGCCAAUGUUAAAAAUGUAAGUUAAUAGUGAAUGUUAUCUGUCUGAAACAUUUCAAUUCUUUCAUUUGACUUGAUAAAAUAGAAAAUUAACAGGAAGAAGCGGUGGUGGUUGUAUGGAUGACUUAUGUAUUGAUCAAAUUAAGAGAUCUACAGCUGUUCUCAGAUUUAGAGAAAUUAGCUGUCUGUAGAUGGUGGAUACUACUAUGGUUACGUUUAUUGAUUUUUAGAUUGGUUAGUGAGUAAGAGAUCACUGAAAUGCUGUACAGAAACAUUUUAGAUGUAUAUUGUAACAUGUAUAUUGGUUUACUGAUGAUGUACUUUUUUUUUUUACUGUCUCCAUAUUUUACAUCUGAUUAAAAAACCAUCAGCUCC